GGAGUUCAGUGGAAUGAAUAAGACAUCGGAGGAGACAUUAAGUUAUUUGAAUUCCUCGGCAACGGCUCAUCCUUCUCUAUAUAAAACUCUGCGAUAUAGUCCUAGUAAUGAAUAUGGGGAAAAAGGUUUACCUCAUGGUUCGCCUGAAGAUCAGGUUCUCCGUUUAGUUGACGCGUUCCAUUGUCCGUUCAAUAACGACCUUAGGGAAUGUGAAUCCCCCCAAAUCCCUAUGGUGUCAGCUAUGUGCAAUCGUUUAGUCCCAUCGGACAUGCUAACUGGAUUUGUUGAUAGGUCUUCCGAGUUCGACCAGCUCAAAGUACCGAGUAGCACUGAAAAGCCAACAGUAUCCGGAGUAGAUGACACGGUCUUACUUUUCAAACCUGACCUCAAUGAAAUGUCUUGUCCUUCUGCUGAGAUGAAAGUGGCUACUAACUCAUCUUCACCGUCAAGUAAUUUGAUAUCAGAUGUUGGGUGUAUCUCUUCUCCAUGUAAUGGUUCUUUAUCUAGGCCAGAGAGUAACAGUGAUGAAUCGUCUCAGGUCGAUAGACCUGAAACAAGUAGGGAUGUCAAUGGAUGCUGCAGACCUACCGAUGUGUCCCCGUCGCACGAUCAGGAACGUGCUAAGAUGGACUUAGAAAAGUUGGAUGAGACAAUUGACUACGUGCUGAAGGUCGCACGGAGUGACGAACCUUGUGAAGGUAUGUUCGUCCUUACUUGCAGAGCACGAGAGUCUACUGUUACCUCCUCACCGAAUCCUAGAGUUAAUACUCCUAGUUCUGAACUUCUUAAUUCUCCGACAAUUUCUCCUGCUCCGUCUCCUCACUGUAACAACUUAAAUUCGCCCGUACUUCAAACCUCUAAGACUCAGACUGUGUUCCAGUCCAACACGUGCAACAUGGUGUCUCCGCAACCUAUGCAGCGAUAUAUAGUCGACCAAACCCAUGGAAUUAUUCAGUUAUCGUCGAGUCCCUCUCAGUGUGUCUCUGCUCAUUAUGGCAACCAGGGCGUUUCUUUCGUACAGCUAUGCUCAGACUCCUCAAAUCCCAUAUUUCAGGUUUCUCAACACCAUAUCGUUUCACAAAUCAGUCAGCCUCUGACGACAAAUACGCAUGUCUUGUUCCAUCCCAGCAUGCUACAUAGUUUCCAAAAUCAUGCGGGGUCACAAGCUCAGUUUACUAUACCACAUUCCACAUUGCCUACUGCUUCUGUUCAGAGAAUUAGUACUCCAGUAUUGUCUCCAGUUCGAACUAGUGUCUUACAGCAUGUUAUCAAUCAAGUUGCUAAAACUUCAGACGCCAACAUAACAUCCUAUCCCGUGCCUAAUCACGUAACGGAAGGUACAAACCCACCAAUCUCUACCCAAGCAGUUUCCAUUAACCCAUCAAAUAUUUGUGUUGUCCAGACCCCUGUCCAGUCUCCCCAACCCUUGCUUUGUGGUACUGUCGGCACACCUGUGUCUUCCGAAGCUCCAGGUGAUGUGACGUACUCACAACCCGUUCCAGCUGUUACUAAUGAUCAAGGUUGCUCACAGCCAAACUCAUCAGUGACCUUCCGCCAUCCUAUUAUUCCUGUCAACACAACUUCUAUGCUCCCCACACCUUCCGUUAGUGUAUCAUCCACCCACAGUCUUCCAGUAACUAACACUCACGUCACCACUUGUUCCCAAAGCGUCACAAGUACACCUAGAAAACGAUCGCAUACCUCAACACCAGGAAAUAAUAAACGUCGAAAAACUCUCGGCAGUCCACCAUGUCCUAUCGUCUCAAUCGCGAACAAAAACAUCUCCGUUCACGAAGCUUCAGUUCGCUCUUUGCAUUCCGGUGCUCAGGAACACAUUGAUAAAUUAAAAAGCGUUGAUCUAAAAUCAUUAGUCUCUGCCCCCACUCUCCAACCUUUUUCUGCAGUCCUGCCACCCACUGGUACGUGCGAUUCAGUGUUUCCUAGAGGUACUGAGGAAGUGUUUUACCACAAGCAUGGUUUGAAAUACUCUCGUGGACACAUGUCUCUUAAAUUCCCCAAGUGUAUAGAUUCGACUACCUCACAUGAAGUUAUUGAUUCAUAUCUCACACAACAUCUCAAAGUAGUGGUACCACCUGGUCCCGUGAUUUAUUCGUAUAAGUGCUCCAAGCGACCAUCUUUAGAGCACCAUUCGGUGUGUGCAUCUCCGGAACCUCCAUCAUUUGAGAAUAACAUGAAAACUCUAUUUUCGAGAAUGAAUCAGUUUGCGAAAAAGUAUCCGAAAGAUAUUUAUGAUGAAAUCAAAGUUGGGUACGACUCGUGCAAAUUGUCGGGUGAGACAAUCAUACCUCAAUCGUUGCUUCAGAUGUUUUCUCAGAACCCAUCGAAUUCUUUAGAAAGAACAGAGACAGAUAGGUGUACUCCUCCACUUGUUCUGUAUCACAUGCCUAAUCCUCGUUUGCUUUGUCAACCUAUUCAUCUGGCUCCUUGUGUUGGAAAUGGUAUGGAUUCCGGGCUUAACAAGGUUAAUGGUUCAAACAUAUCUUCUCUAAAGGUUGAAAACGAUGUAUCAGGUCAAGACCCAUAUAAAAGUGCAAUGAGUGAAUCUCCAAUAUCGAUUGAUCUGAAUCCAUGCCUUCCAUUCGUCGACUCGGAAACUGGUGAAACUAUGAUUUCACCUCAGUCAAAAUCAACCAAGAUGUCCCUAAAUCCCACUUUAAGUGAGGAUGACAAGUUACAUAUCACAUUCACCGUAAACCCUUCGGCAACUGUAAAUAUACCAAAAAUCAUCCAUCGAAUCUCAGAACUACUAGGUGUGGAAGAAAAUUCCAUCGACUGUCAAAUCACUAGAUCCGGGGCACAAAUAACUUUAGACCAAAAGCAAUCCCAAAGUGAAGUUGUAAUGCGUAACCUAGAGACGCACUUAAGACAGCAGUUCACGCCACUUUCUUUACAAUUUGAAAAGGAUUCAAGAGAUUGUUUGGCACAGGGAGUCCAUAGUUCCAGUCAUAUGCAAUCUAGCACGCUCGAACACACAUCCCAUACAAAGCUUCUUCCAUCCAGUCUGCCUCAGUUAAAUUCAUGCAAAUUAGAAUGCGAUAUUGUUGGCAAAACUGACUACAGUUCAGUUUAUACACAGGAGACAUGUCGUUACUCUGAAGAACCCGUCAGCAUCACUUCUAUACUUGCCAACAAGAGCCGGUCUGCGAAAUCAUGCAAAAAGUGUGGUAAGCCAGUCUCCCCUCAUAUAAUGCAGCGCAAAUGGUUAGAUGAAUUGUGUUCAGUCAGUGGGAUAUCUAUGAGUUUUGAUAAUGCAGUGGAUCUUAUGUUUUGCUCUAGUGACUGUUUGUAUGGUUUUGCCCAGCUUUUGUCUCGUCAUCGAAAUAAGUACUCGGAUACGUCACUGGAUUAUUCGUCACAAACAGAUAUAUUAAACACCAAAGAUUGUUAUAGUUUCGAUCAACAGCGACAGCUUAUAAUGACUGACCUCCCGUGUUCUGUGCCCAUAUUACUACAAAAUACCUUGUCGAAGUCGAAACCUAAUCUCAAACGUCAGCAUCCUCAGCAGUGCGUUGCAAAUAAGAAGCGUCCCACAAACACUACAGUUCUCUCCAAAUUUAGAAAGUGGCAAGGUAUCCGGUGGAGAUCGUAUGUGUCCGAUACUCACCAUUUGUCAGACAUGCCAUCCAAACGUAGUAUGGUCGAUGAUACCCUCAGUCCUUCCAGCAGUAAUCCCGCAGUCAUGUGUGCUCCACAUUCUGACGACAAACGAGUGUGUGAUUUGUGCCAAGGAGCUGGAGAUGCUCCUGAAGACGGUGCUGGUCGUUUACUUCCUCUAGACCUCGAUAAUUGGAUACACAUUAACUGUGCAUUAUGGUGUUAUGAAGUUUAUGAAACUAUUGGUGGGUCCCUAAAUAACUUGGAUGUCUGGUUAGCUAAAGCGAAAGAGACAGUUUGUACACAAUGUGGUUUACUUGGUGCUGGUUUGCCUUGUUAUAAUCCAAAAUGUUCCUACGUUUAUCACGUACCAUGUGCAAUCAGAAUACGAUGUAUGUUUUUCACGGAUCGUGGUAUGUAUUGUCCUCAACACCAACCUAAAGAGAUCCAUCCAAUGCAGUUAUCUUCUCUAGUGGUCAGCCGACGUGUAUACAUUAACCGCGAUGAAAAUAGCCAAGUAGCUCGUGUGGUGCAUGAAGAUAGUGAUAAACACGUUGUCCGCAUCGGAGGAGUAUUUUUGCACUCCAUUGGUCAGUUAUUACCACACCAAAUUGACAGUGGAAACUUUCAUAACCGUCGAAAUAUCUAUCCUCCUGGGAUGUGUUCCACUCGAAUUUACUGGUCAAUGCGCCGACCGCGUUCUCGAGCAAAAUAUGUCUGUGAAAUAUUGGAAAAAAACUGUCAUCCAUUUUUCCGCAUAACAGCAAUUGAUAGAAAUAUGGAAAAUGUGUCUAUUACACACGAGACUUGCGACGGAGCUUGGCAGAUAAUUCUGUCACGAAUUGAGGCCCUUUGUAAGGAACACAAAUUGGUAAAACUUUUCCCACAACUUUUAAGAGGUGAAGAUUUGUUUGGAUUAAAUGAAUCUCAUGUAGUCCGUGCCAUAGAAUCUCUUCCAGGUGUUGAUAGCUUGAGGGAUUACGUUUUUAAUUUUGGACGUCUUGAAUUGAUAUCUGAAAUGCCGUUGGCCAUAAACCCAUCAGGAUGUGCACGGUCAGAGCCAAAAAUGCAAACGUAUGUGAAACGUAUGCACGAUGCUGGUGAAUAUUCCAUCCCGUUCAGUCAUCGAACGGGUCUGCCGGGUGUUCGACGUUUAUUUCAUUCAGGUUUCAGUGGAUCAACUUGUAGCAAUAGUGUAUAUAAUAUGGAUAGUACGGCAUCAAAACAUCAGAGCAGUCGUUCUCAACAGUAUCGAAAAUUAAAGACAGAAAUUAAUUCCAAUGUUAUACUUGGUCGAUCGCGUAUUCAAGGAUUGGGUUUAUUUGCUGCACGUGAUUUGGAACAACAAACCAUGGUGAUCGAAUACGUAGGAGAGUUAAUCCGCUUAGAGAUAGCCAAUAAAAGAGAAAAAAACUAUGAAGCUCAUAACAGAGGCAUCUACAUGUUUCGUCUUGAUGAUGAUACAGUAAUUGAUGCGACUGUUUGUGGAGGACUAGCUCGAUAUAUUAAUCAUUCCUGUCAACCAAACUGCUUCGCCGAGUUCGUCAACUUCGGUGGUCAUUCACAUAUUGUGAUAAUUACUAACAGACGGAUCAAAAAGGGUGAAGAGUUAUGUUAUGACUAUAAUUUUGAUCUUGAAGAUAAAAGUGACAAAAUUCCUUGCCUUUGCAGAGCUCCAAAUUGUCGGAAAUGGAUGAACUAAUAGCUUUGUGAAUUUCUGCAAUACUUUUGUGAGACGGUUGUUGUAGAUAGGCAAACUCCGAUUUCCUAGAUUAUUAUUCAACCCAGUCUCGUGUCUCUCUGUAACUACCAUCCAGUAUAGUUUAUAGUGCCUUUACAUCACUUGGAUUUGUAUAUUUCUCGCUACUUAGUGUUCUGUAUUUCUCAUUCCUAAUGUAUGUUGUGUACAGCCUUUAUUUACUUGUUUUUAAUUUCUCUCAGUUAUGUUUGAGGUAUAGUGGUGUCUAACUUUAUGUAUAUUGUCAACUAAUGUGCAUAGUCCUAAGGCAUUACGGAUGUACAGUGAUUUUGUGUUCCGUAUCAACUUCGUCCUUAUGUAUCAUACUUAUUUGUACAGACACUGUAUCUUGUUCAUUUCUUUCACAUUCCCUAAUGUUGUAUAUAUGUUUGAUCCAACUAAAUUGUCCUUUCUAGUUUUGUUUGAAAAAUUUAAGUAUUAACCGCAGCCAAUUAUUUUGGUUUAUUACACAUUUGAUUAUCAUUGGCUUCAUUUUUCUUAGUAAUGAUAGUGAUUUCAAGAAAUAAUACAGAUGUACCUAAUUUCUAUGCUUCAGCUAAAUGAAACUUUUUAUUAAAAUGAAUAAACCAUGCACUCACUGUAACUGUACUUGUACACGCAUGCAUUUGAAUAAUAAAAAUUGUUUUCUUUGUGAGUAGUUUUCAAGGUGUAACCGCUUGAGUAUCUUGGUCUGUUUUUUACUUUGAC